AUGCCACCACAAGCAAGAAGGUUUCGUUUAAAUGCCAAGAAUAUUUUCUUGACCUAUCCUCAUUGUCCUUUGACCAAGGAAAGAGCUCUAGAACAACUGUUGGCCGUAUCUCUUCCGAGCAACAAGAAGUUCAUUAGGGUUGCCAGAGAACUACAUGAGGAUGGGAGUCCGCAUUUACACAUUUUAGUACAACUGGAGGGCCGAGCACAGGUAACAAAUCCCAGAUUGUUUGAUCUUCGUUCAUGUAGUUCUUCUUUGGUAUUUCAUCCGAAUAUACAGUGCGCCAAGUCCAGCUCCGAUGUGAAGGCGUAUAUAGAGAAAGGAGGUGACUACGUCGACUGGGGUCAAUUCCAGGUUGCUGGAAGAUCGUCUAGAGAUGGAAGACAUGACUUGUUAACAGUCUAUGCCGAUGCACUAAACUCCGGAUCCACAGAGGCUGCUUUACAGAUUAUUCUCGAAAAGGAUCCUAGGGCAUUCACUUUACAAUACCAUAAUCUUAAACCUAACUACGAACAUAUUUUUCUUAAACCGUUGGAUCCUUACAAGUCAUAUUAA